UCAUGUCCUUUAAUGCGAAAGUAUAUGCUUUCUUCGAGAAGACUUUAACAAUUAAUAAAAUAUUCUAGAACAUUAUAUUGUUAUAUAAUAAUUAACGAUCAAAGACGAAAAUUGCCGACGGGCGAGAAUGUGAGCAAUUCUCGAGAAUUAAUAUCUUAUAUUUGUAUUAACAUUUAUAUUAUUAUUGACAAUUAUGCUAUUAUCGCACGAUCGGGACAAAAAGGAGGAACGUUAUUCUGCAAUCUGCACACCGACGCUACCGACAUAAUAUAAUCGUUGCAAGCGACAGCCGUCGCUACGACUUUAUCCAGUGACGCGUAAGCGGCAAUGGGACGAAGUCGCACACCAUCGCCAGGAAGACGGAGAGAUCGAUCGCGAGAACGAGAUCGCGACAGAGAUCGACGGAGGAGACGAUCGCGAGAGAGGAGGCGAAGAUCCGCAGAACGAGACAGGGUGAAGUCGAGAGACAGGGAACGGGAACGUGAGCGAGACAGACACAGAAGGUCGUACAGUAGAUCCAGAUCGCGGGAACGCGACAGAGCGAACAGAGCGAAGCCGAAACCUUCGACAAAUGAACGCCCCGUUAUUACAGAAGCGGAUCUUCAGGGCAAGACGCCCGAGGAGCAGGAGAUGAUGAGAAUAAUGGGAUUCUGUGAUUUCGAUACCACUAAGGGCAAGAAAGUGGAGGGGAACGACAUGGGCGCGGUCCAUGUCAUCUUGAAGAGGAAAUACAGGCAGUACAUGAACAGAAAGGGCGGAUUCAACAGGCCUCUGGACUUCGUCGCGUAAUCGACCUCUAGUACAAUUUCAAGUGGCACAAAGCGUUUUGGAGGCGGGGAUUCAUCCAUAGACGAUUUCGAGGACCUCGAGGCUUCAUUCUUACGCUUUGAUGACGAUGUUUCUGUAGACGAUUCGAUAGACAGAUUUAUAUUUUCAUUGGACGCAUCGUUACUGUGACGAGAAUUCUGUGUAUCCAGCUGUUAAAGGUAGAACGAUAAGUAUUAAGAUUAAGAAAUGUGAACUUGUAAACAGUAA